ACUCUGGUAUGUAGUGCACCGCUCUGGGCUCCUUGGAGGAAGAGCGGGAUAUAACUGCAAGAUAAUAAUAAUAAUAAUAAUAAUAAUAAUAAUAAAAAAUUAAAAAGAUAUGUGAUCGUCUGCAGCGCCAAAUUCAGGUUCUCUCCAUAUCUCAGGCUGGGGGAACCGCAGGUUCCAUGUUAUAUGUGAACCCAGCCCUCGCCAUCUCUGGCAACUUUUUAAAAGGCCCUGAAGACACAUUUGUUCACCCAGGCUUUUGAUUAGAUUUAUAGUUUUUAUAGUUUUUAAUGUUGGGUUUUAAAUGAUGAUGUUAAUGUUUUAAUCAUUUUUAAUUUUGUUUAAUUUGUAUUGUUUUUGUUGUACACCGCCCAGAGACACAGGUUUGGGGCGAUAUAUAAGCAUGUUAAAUAAAUAUAAGGUAUAUUCAUAUGCCAUUAAAGAUCUCAGAUAGAGGGAGGUGCUUCCCUACUCCCCAAGCUGGGACCUUCGGCCUGCAAAGCAUACACUCUACCUGCCGAGCUGUGACCCCUCCCAAAUACAAAUAAAUAAAAAAUAAAAAAUAGAAUGGUCCCAUUUUCAGAGUUGGUCUCCUCUGGCUAGGAUUUAGGAACACAUUCAGAAUUUUCUAGAAAAUCUACAUCUCUGCCUUGGGGUCAGGAGAGGGGUUGUGCUAGUGGCUGGACAGGAAGCGUUUUGGGGUUGGUUUGAGUUUCUGGGCCUCCAGUUGUUGACCUGCAUUGUACAGUGUUUCUCUUUUGUGUCUCUUUUCUUCAGGGAGAAGCACUUUCUCGAUCAAGGAGUUAUGCCCCCUGCUUCUGAAUAAUCUCUGCUUUGCCUGAUAUUUCACCUAACUCUGCCCAAUCAACAGAACAGGAGAGGCUCUUUCAUUAUACACUCAGAGGGGAUGGCUGCUGACGAGGCAGCUGAAGGCCUCCAGUUUGAAGGUGUGGUGAAUAAGGGUGUGUUUCCAGUUAUUAAAAUGGAGGAACAAGAACCUCCAGGCCCCAUACCAGGUGAUGAGGGAAUUGAAAGAUCUGGAAAAGGCCUCCAUAUUGUCCGUGGUUGGAGCUCUUGGGUUGGGGCUACAUUGUCCAGGGUUGGGACCCUUGGGGAAUUUCAGAGUUGGGCAACAUCAGACUGUGUGAAACAGGAACCAGGAGAGGCCAUCUGGGAAGCCCAGUGGCAGGAGUUCUUGAAGGCCGUUCAGUCACCUCACUCUGAUUGGGUCAACCCAAAGUUGUCGGAAGCCUCACGAGGGGAUGAGCCCAAAUCUGAAAUGGCCGCUGAGCUCUGUGAAUGGUCAAAAAGACAAGUGAUGGCUGGACUUCUGCCAAGCUUGAGGAAUGCAGCCCUCGAAGCUUCUACUUCCCUGGAGCCCAGGACUUGUGGGGAAGCUAAGGGAGAGAACCACGGCGAGGGGGCGGUCGGCACAGAGGCGCAAAGACAGCGCUUCCGGCAGUUCCGGUACCAGGAGGCCAAGGGGCCCCGUGAGAUCUGCAGCCGCCUCUGGUACCUUUGCCAUCGGUGGCUGAAGCCGGAGAGGCACACCAAAGAGCAGAUGCUGGAGCUGGUGAUCCUGGAGCAGUUCCUGGCCAUCCUGCCCUUGGAGAUCCAGAACUGGGUGAGGGAAGGCGGGCCGGAGACCUGCUCCCAGGCGGUGGCUCUUGUGGAGGAUUUCUUGCUGAGGCAACAGGAGCCUGGGAGGCCAGAGCAACAGCUAUUGGAAACAUUGGAGGAGGUUGCUGCAGGACUCUCUGAAGCAGACCAGCCGCCAUCGGAUGCCAGGGAGAAGCACCAGUGCAGAGAGAUCAAGCAGGAGAGCGAUGGAGAUUCUAGUCUGCUGGCAGAUGCUGACUGCGAGGCAGUGAAUGAUGGAGAACCAGGUGGGCUGUCACUGGAAAGAGUCAAACUUCAAGAUAUAGAAGAAAAUGUUGAGAAACAGGGUGGACCAAAGAGGCAACAGAGGAACAAAACGGAGAAGUGGAGGGAGAAAUCCACUGCGUGUCCUGGAGGAGACCCCCAUGAAUUUAGAGCUAAGCAGAGGUUACAUGAAGGAAAGAGAAGAGAUACAUGCAGUGUAUGUGGAAAAAGCUUCACUUGCAAAUCGAGCCUGAAUAGACAUCAGAUAACCCACACAGGAGAGAAUCCACACAAAUGCUCACACUGUGGGGAAAAAUUCACCCGGAGAGCGAGUCUUAUUGUCCAUCAGAGAAUCCACACUGGGGAAAAACCAUAUAAAUGUUUUACAUGCGGGAAAUCCUUCAGUGUUAAUUCAACCCUUAUUAGGCAUCAGCGAAUCCACACAGGAGAGAAGCCAUAUCAGUGCUUAGACUGUGGAGAAAGCUUCAAUCAGCGUACAAUUCUUAUUUCACACCAGCGAAUCCACACAGGAGAAAAGCCGUAUCGGUGUUCAGACUGCGGCGAAAGCUUUCGUGAUAAGUCAAGCCAUAUAAGGCAUCAGAGAAUCCACACAGGAGAGAAGCCAUAUAAAUGUUCAGACUGUGGCGUCAGCUUUCGGGAUAAAUCGAGCCGUAUCAGGCAUCAGAGAAUCCACACGGGGGAGAAACCCUACAAAUGUCUAGACUGCGGAGAAAGCUUCAGUCAGAGCUCAACCCUUAUUAGACAUCGGAGGAUACACACGGGAAAGGUACUGCAUGCAUGUUUAGACCGUAGGGAAAGCUUUCAUGAUAAACUAAACUUUAAAAGACAUCAGAACAUUCACACAGAUGGGAAACCAGACAAAUACACAGACUGUGAAGAAAGUAUCAGUCAGGGCAUGAGCCUGACUGGAGAUCACAGAAUCCACACAGGAGAUGAACCAUAGUCACAUUCUCCCUAUGGGAAAACUUUAUUCUCAAUGUACUCCUUGCUAAUUGUCCAGAAGUUCAGAGAGGAGGGAUACAUUAUAGAAAUGUUCAAAGUAAAAGCAGGGCUGUGUGUAUCUCACAGUUUUAUGGAAAUGCUGAGAAAAUGUAGAAUACAGUGAUAGAUCCAGAAUUAAUAGAAUCUCAAAAGUGUUCAUUUUACUUUGCAAAGCAACUUCCGAGUGCUUAUGGCUUCCCUCGGGUGCCAUUUCCGAUUGCAGCGGGGAGUGGAGAAACAAGAUUCAAAGUAAUUUUCAAAGUUAUGCUCUCGGCUAUAAUCAGGAUUUAAAUGCACUACGGUGCAUUUGCCGGAGUCAUUAUUUUAUGCAUAUCGUAACUAUUGUGAUGUUUUCUCUCCAAGUCAAAUGGGCAUGCCCCCCUUUUGCCUUCUUCCAAAAAGGAAAAGGGCUCAGUGCUUUUGGCAUGCGUAUGUCACACUUAUGCCCAUUUCAUUGCAUAUACUAAUAUUCGCUCAGCAUGCAGAAGCCAGUGAGUUGUGGAAUAAUCAUGUGGUGUGUUGGAGUGGUAGCUGUUAGAGAUCUACCUUCCCUCCCUAAAUGAUGUGCCUGGUUGUCUCAUCAUCCACCAGGCCCCUUGAAGCAGGUAGGGAGGACCCAUGGACCCUGGAAUGCACUCAUUUGCUGAUAUGUGGGCAGCAAUGUUAGCCCAGCUGUGGAAUCACUGACCCUCCCACCUGUGCAGUCCAUAGGAACAUAGGAAGCUGCCAUAUACUGAGUCAGACCAUUGGUCUAUCUAGCUCAGUAUUGUCUUCACAGAUUGGCAGCGGCUUCUCCAAGGUUGCAGGCAGGAAUCUUUCUCAGCCCUAUCUUGGAGAUGCUGCCUUCUGCUUUUCCCAGAGCAGCUCCAUCCCCUGAGGGAAAUAUCUUACAGUGCUCACACAUCUAGUCUCCCAUUCAUAUGCAACCAGGAUGGACCCUGCUUAGCUAAGGGGACAAGUCAUGCUUGCUACCACAAGACCAGCUCUCUGUUUUACAGCUGGCAGAAAUCCCAGAAGUGUUGCUGUUUCUGGCCAAAUCUGGUCCACCAUUGAGUACAGAUUGGGGGCAUGAAGAGCAGGAUGGGAUACAGGGAUGCAAUAUAUUCAGGAGUCUCCUGGAACAGUUGAGAUUUCUUCCUAGAAAGUUGUCUUUUGUUACCAGGUGGAUCUCCUGGACUUCCGAGUCUCAUAAGAACAGCCUAGUCUGUAUUCAACCCAGCAUAGUGUCUCUCUUGUAACUGUUGCUAUGUGUCCUUUGUGGUUCUUUUUAGAUUGUAAGCCCUUUGGGGACAGGGAACUAUCUUUUUACUUUUUUUUCUAUGUAAACGGCUUUGAGAACUUUUUUUUGUUGAAAAGUGGUACAGUAUCUACAUGUUCUUAAUAUAAUAUACAGGCAAAACAUGUGCUCUUGGGAGAGUCAUUUAACUCAGGGAUAAUCUGAUCUUUGUAAAAGAAUCAGAUACUUUUUAUGUUUAUUGAAUUUACUCUGAAUCAUAUCUAGAUAUGAAUUGCAUAGAUUUUGUAUAGGUCAUAGACUGUAAACCUUUCCAUAGAAGCUCUCUGUGUAAGAUGUGUUCUCUUAAUAUAGAACUCAUUUUUCUGUACUUCAUUACUGUUAUUGUUCAUUAGGGACAGUUUAAAAAUGGGCUUCUUAACUUUUAAAAUAUAUAUAUUUAUACAUAUUUCUGACCCUGAAAAAUGAAAUUUUCAUAGAGAAAUAAAACAAAACUGGAACA